AUGCACCUUUUAUGCAGUUAUAACGUCAAGUUCGUUUCGGCUACAAUUUUUGAUGACGACGUUAAGAAAAUUCUAAAAAAGACUGUAAAGGCCUACUUCCAUGAUAUACGUGAUCGCAUAGACAAAAGGGAUAGCCGGCGAAGAGUUGCAGUUGACAAUAAGAAAAGUGAUCAGAGGAUCUCUCCUGACACUUCAAUGGAUCUACUUGACGAUGGGGAAAAUUAG